CAAUAUAAUACAUCAGGCCAAAAAAGGACACGGAAAUAAUGUGAAACAGUCUUUUAAUUAUUUGGACUUUUGUCGUUGGCAACCGGAAGCCGCAGCCGGAAAUCAUUCGUUCUCAUUUCACUGAUAAGAACCCAGGUCGCUCUCAGAAAUUGUUGUAUUGUGCAUUCAUUCAUAUCUGUCUCUCCACAGGGAAACCCAAAGAAGAAAAUCCCAAGUGGAUUACAGUGCAGAGAGAGGGAGCUAUCCAUACCCAAACCAUAAAGGAAACCCCCACUCCGAUCUUUCCCCAUCAAUAAAUACACACUCUCCCCACGCCGGUAAAGCCACACCCAUUUUGCAGCAUCAUUUCAUCUCCCAAUUCCUGUCUUCAAAGAACGCUCAAAGCUCUUCUUUUUUUCUUCCCCUUAUUCAUUCUCUUCCCUGCGGCUUUUGCAGCUUUUUGAGCCCCCGUCUUUAUCCCUCGCCGCCUUUUUCCGCUUCCAGCCGCUCCGCAUUUUAUGCGUACUGUCUUAUCAAAUCUCUGCAUUUAAAGUGGAGCUCUCGGUUUGGGUACGCAGGGCGGCCGGGUCACCCAUCUUCUGACAUAGAUUCUGAUCUGUCAUUAAUUCUUUGUAGCUCUCUCUGUCUGUCAACCCUCGGAAAUUAAACAUCUUUGAACCACUUUAUAUACCCCUCCAUUCCAUGCUGUGAACUUGUGAAUUUCUUCCCUUCUUCCGGCCCGAAUUGAAAAAACAAGAAAGGGUUUAUUCACUUAGUUGAUUAGUUGAAGUGGCAUCACUGCUGAGACCGUUCUUGCGGCAAGAAAGAAAAUCUGGUAUUAGCGUACAAAAUCGAAAAUAUGUCGUCUCUGAAGCAAGCGGAGGAAGCAAUGGUCUCCGGCGAAGUCGAACAUGACAACGUGGGUGGAUACAAAGAAGCAGGCGCCGGCGAUGAGGAAGAAGACCAGCCGAUGUCCGGUCUGAAAAGCUUUCUCUGGCAUGGCGGCUCUGCUUGGGAUGCUUGGUUUAGUUGUUCUUCCAAUCAGGUAGCUCAAGUACUGUUGACACUGCCAUACUCCUUUUCACAACUGGGGAUGCUAUCAGGAAUAUUGUUCCAAGUCUUCUAUGGUCUGAUUGGCAGCUGGACAGCUUAUCUUAUCAGUGUCCUCUAUGUUGAGUACAGAAGCAGGAAAGAGAAAGAAGGUGUUAGCUUCAAAAACCAUGUCAUUCAGUGGUUUGAAGUGCUUGAUGGGCUUUUGGGCCCAUACUGGAAAGCAGUUGGGCUGGCCUUUAACUGUACUUUCCUUCUCUUUGGAUCCGUGAUACAACUCAUAGCUUGUGCAAGCAACAUAUACUACAUCAAUGAUGGGUUGGACAAGAGGACAUGGACUUACAUAUUUGGAGCCUGCUGUGCAACCACUGUCUUUAUUCCUUCAUUCCACAACUUUAGGAUUUGGUCUUUCCUUGGCCUUGGGAUGACCACUUAUACUGCAUGGUAUCUUACUGUAGCAGCUCUAGCUCAUGGUCAGAUUGAAGGGGUACAGCACACUGCACCAACAAAAGCAGUCCUGUAUUUCACAGGUGCUACAAAUAUUCUAUACACUUUUGGAGGGCAUGCUGUCACUGUGGAAAUUAUGCAUGCAAUGUGGAAACCACAGAAGUUCAAGUACAUUUACUUGUUUGCCACUCUAUAUGUAUUCACCCUCACCAUUCCUUCUGCAACCUCUGUGUAUUGGGCAUUCGGGGAUGAACUUCUAGACCACUCAAAUGCCUUCUCCCUUCUUCCUAAGUCCAGGUGGCGUGAUGCUGCUGUCAUCUUGAUGCUUAUUCACCAGUUCAUAACAUUUGGAUUCGCAUCGAUGCCAUUAUACUUUGUGUGGGAAAAAGUGAUAGGGAUGCACGACACAAAGAGCAUUUGCCUGAGGGCACUUGCGAGGCUGCCAGUAGUGAUACCAAUAUGGUUCUUGGCCAUAAUAUUCCCGUUCUUCGGCCCAAUAAACUCGGCUGUUGGGGCACUUCUUGUUAGCUUCACUGUCUAUAUUGUCCCUUCCCUUGCUCAUAUGCUCACGUAUCGCAAAGCCUCUGCUCGCCAGAAUGCUGCAGAGAAGCCUCCAUUCUUCUUGCCUAGCUGGACUGCCAUGUAUGCUGUGAACAUCUUCAUAGUGGGCUGGGUCAUUGUAGUAGGGUUUGGGUUUGGAGGAUGGGCCAGCAUGACAAACUUCGUGAAACAAGUGGACACGUUCGGGCUUUUCGCCAAAUGCUACCAAUGCAAGCCACCCAAGCCAUUAGCCCCUCCAUCCCAUGCAGCACCUAAUGCCACCAUCAUCCACUGAGCCCAAAUAACCUGCUCAGCUUGGUCAAACUCGUUCUCAAAAGUUAUUACACAUAUACAUGGGGAGAUAGUAAUACUCCCCUCUCCCCUACAUGCAUGUGAUGUAUGAUGAUCUUCCUCUUCUUCCCAUUUUAGUGUUUGGCUUGAUGCAUGUUUACAAAUUAGUAUUAGAUCAGACAGUGCUUAUUUGUGAGUAUUCUCUUCCAAAGCAUACAUCAAUGGAAUCAUCACUUGAUAAUACUUCAAAUGGUUGGGUGUUUCUUUUUUCUUAUCUCCCCUCCUCCCCCACCACUGCAAUAACACACAUACAGAGUGGUUUUUGGAUGUGGAAAGAUAAUGCACACACAAACAUUAUACAGAGAGUGUUUCAGUAUUUGGUUGGACAUUUUGACCGUUGUGUAAUUGUUUUGUGUGUGACAUUGCUGAUACGCAAAUUAGGGUGUGUUUGGAUCUACUGUUCUCAAAGCACUUCAAAGUUCCAAGUGCUUCUAAAAUCAGUAUUUUAGUUGUUUAAAAAUGCAUCUAAGUUUAAGUAAUCUUCACAUUUUCUC